GGCGCAGAGCCACUCAGCGCGGCACGGCGCGGCGCGGCGAGCUCGACAUUCCACGGGACCCGCGGAGCCGCGUCGGGAUCGCCGCUGGGCUCCCGCACCCGAGCCUUCCUCGGUCGCCGCCGCCCUCGGCUCGUCCGUCUGCGGCCGCCCGCGGCCCGGCGUGAUCCCGCCGGGGCUCUCCGUGCUCCCCGGGCCGCGCGCCAUGGGCAGCCCCCGCUCCGCGCUGAGCUGCCUGCUGUUGCACUUGCUGGUUCUCUGCCUCCAAGCUCAGGAAGGCCCGGGCGGGGGGCCUGCGCUGGGCAGGGAGCUCGCUUCCCUGUUCCGAGCUGGCCGGGAGUCCCAGGGUGUUUCCCAACAGGUAACUGUUCAGUCCUCACCUAAUUUUACACAGCAUGUGAGGGAGCAAAGCCUGGUGACGGAUCAGCUCAGCCGCCGCCUCAUCCGGACCUACCAGCUCUACAGCCGCACCAGCGGGAAGCACGUGCAGGUCCUGGCCAACAAGCGCAUCAACGCCAUGGCGGAAGACGGGGACCCCUUCGCAAAGCUCAUUGUGGAGACAGAUACCUUUGGGAGCCGGGUUCGUGUCCGAGGAGCUGAGACGGGCCUCUACAUCUGCAUGAACAAGAAGGGAAAGCUGAUUGCCAAGAGCAACGGCAAGGGCAAGGAUUGUGUCUUCACGGAGAUCGUGCUGGAGAACAACUACACGGCCCUACAGAACGCCAAGUACGAGGGCUGGUACAUGGCCUUCACACGCAAGGGUCGGCCCCGCAAGGGCUCCAAGACGCGGCAGCACCAGCGCGAGGUGCACUUCAUGAAGCGGCUGCCCCGCGGCCACCACACCACCGAGCAGAGCCUGCGCUUCGAGUUCCUCAACUACCCGCCCUUCACGCGCAGCCUGCGCGGCAGCCAGAGGACUUGGGCCCCCGAGCCCCGAUAGGCGCCUGCCCGGCCCCUCCCCGCGGCUGCGGCAGGCGCGGAGAUCUCCAUCUGGCGGGAGCACAGACAGACAAACUCAAGCAGGAUGAGGUCUGCGCUGCUGAAGGCUGGGGAGGAGCUGGGGGAGCCCCGGGUUCUAGCUGUUGAUAAUUGUUUGCUGUUGGGUUUUUCUGUUUUUGUUUGUUGUUUUUUAACAAAAGAGAGGCU